UGAUAACCUGUUUUUACUGCAGCUCUCCGUGGUUCAGCUACAUAUACAGAGAUUUAGAUGACUUUUAGCCUUGUCGCUGACUAUUCAUCGUUGGCGGUCAUGCUCAGGGAGGCAGUUGUAUGUUGCUUUAUGUGGGGAUGAAGGACUUUUAUUUAAGUCUGAAAAACAACAUGUAUUUAGAGUUUAUCUCAGCUGGGACGUGGAGUAUCAAAGACAUGGGCUUUUAACAGGAAGGAAGGAUUUUAAUGAAGGCUGGAGCAGGCCAGGCAUGAGUGGCGCACACCUGGAUGAAUGGCAGAAGAGGUCCUUUGACAUUUCAUCUGGCAGCUGUACACCUGAACAGACGGCCGAUGCCUACCGGGCCCACAUCCUCUCCAUUCAGUAUGCAUGGGCAAGCUCCCAGCUCUCUCAGGCCGGCAUGGCCAGCCUGCUCAGGACCUACUCGGAGCGCUACGCUGCAGUGCUGGACUCGGAUGACCCGCGCACCGGGCUCAACAACUAUGCAGAAAGCGCGCUCCAUCUGGCCCGCAGUCAGAGGAACUACAGCGACAAAUGGGAGUCAUCCCUCACUGCAGAGAGCGUGCUGGAGUUGCCCAGCGUUCAGAAAACAAUUCAGGCAAAGACAGGAGGUGAGGGCUUUGUGGUGGCACCAGCUGAUGUUAACAUAACUGUGGGGCAAGAGGGUAAAGGUAGCUCUCUCACUCCUCCCUUUAAAACUGUGCAACCACCGCAGCUUAAAUCAGAGGUUAAAAUCGCAGCCAGUAUCCCUGCUGAUGUUUCUGUGGAAAGGCCCAGCAGUCACGAAGGGAUUUCAGUCAAUCCACCCUCAUUCCCCCGACCUCCAGCUCAGCCACAGUCUGUGUUUAGUCGUCCUUCUCCAGCUCUCCCACAUGUAAACCCUGGCCCCGCAGGGGUCACACAGCACUAUCAGUCCUCCUUCUUUCCCACCUCCAACACAUCGAAGCGGAAAAAUUUUUACAACACAGACGGAGGUGAUGUUGGCAGGGAGCCAAAUGGCGGUCAAGUGUCAUCAGACCCGCGGGCUGUUACCACCUUCAAAACAGCUCGUGAGCAGUUCGUCGUUGACCAGCAGCGAAAGCACUCCCAUCACCCUCAGAGAGGUCAGGCCCCUGGGAUGGCAGCAACUGUGAAGAAAUCUCUGGGCGCCAACAGGCCUCGAGGUGCAUUUUCAAAAUUUGUGUCUCCCAUUCCACGACAGGAAGAGGAGGGAAAUGUGGCGAGCCGUAAUUCCAAUCAGGAUCCUCAAAUCCUGGACGAGCGUCUGAAAAACUUUGAGCCAAAGAUAAUCGAGCUGAUCAUGAGUGAGAUCAUGGACCAUGGGCCUCCGGUGGGCUGGGACGACAUAGCAGGUCUGGAGUUCGCCAAGACUACCAUAAAGGAGAUUGUGGUUUGGCCCAUGCUGCGACCUGACAUCUUUACUGGACUCCGUGGCCCGCCCAAAGGCAUCCUGCUGUUUGGACCGCCGGGAACUGGAAAAACUCUGAUAGGUAAAUGUAUUGCCUGUCAAUCAGGUGCCACUUUCUUUAGCAUCAGCGCCUCAUCACUCACAUCCAAGUGGGUGGGUGAAGGAGAGAAAAUGGUGCGAGCUCUGUUUGCCAUUGCCCGCUGCCACCAGCCUGCUGUCAUUUUCAUCGAUGAAAUCGACUCCCUGCUGUCCCAGCGGACGGACGGUGAGCACGACUCCUCGCGCAGGAUAAAAACAGAGUUUCUGGUCCAGCUAGAUGGAGCAGCCACUGCAGCAGAGGAUCGCAUCCUGGUGGUGGGUGCCACCAACCGGCCCCAGGAGAUCGACGAGGCAGCGCGACGACGCCUGGCGAAGCGGUUAUACAUCCCCCUGCCUGAAGCCACUGCCCGACGGCAGAUAGUGACAAACCUCAUGGCUCAGGAGAAAAACCAGCUGGGAGAAAGCGAGGUGGAGAGGGUGGUGACAGCCACGGAGGGCUUCUCCGGAGCCGAUAUGACUCAGCUGUGUCGAGAGGCAGCACUGGGGCCCAUACGCAGUAUCCAGCUCAGUGACAUCGCCACCAUCACCGCGGCUCAGGUCCGACCCAUCAUCUACAGUGACUUCCACGAGGCCCUGAAGACUGUACGUCCCAGUGUAUCAUCAAAGGACUUGGAGCUGUAUGAAGAGUGGAAUAAAACCUUUGGAUGUGGGCGUUAAACUUUUCUUCGUCUCCGUUCAGGUUCUGGGUGUUGAAAGAAAUGGAAAAUGUAAAGACGUUAAAUGCUUUCUUUGUUCUGCACAAACUCGACAAAGUGGGAGGACCCAGUACUAAAAACGAAGAAUGACAGUCUCAUGAAAAAGCUGAAGACAAGUCUCUUUAAUGCAGUCUUUCUGUUUUUUUCCCAUAUAUUGCCAAAUACCCCUAUGAUGGGAAGUUGGCCUUAUCUGUGUGAUGAAGAGCUGAAUUCAGUUUUUUUUUGUUUGCCUAUGAAAAACAGGGCUUCCAUAAAUGACAAGGAAAACAGAAUUAGAGAAGAGAAACGGACAUUUUUAUUGGCUACCAGUUAAAUAGUUAUUUUAAGCCUCUGUAUCAGCUUAGUCCAGUCAUAUUGGAUUGCACAGGUGAACAGGUGCCUCUUUUAUGAGUGCAAGUCUAAUGUGUUAGUCUCUGUGCUAGUGGUCCGUUGUUUUGAGGUUUUUCAACACUACUUGUAGAGGUCAGGGUGUCGUAACAUGAAGAAAAAAUGAAGAAAACCUUACCUCGUUCCCACUUUGUACUGAGAGAAUUUGCCAUCUGCGUUCAGCUUUUUGGUCAUUUUCAGGUGUUUGUGCCGGUCAGGCUGAUUUUGUUCCAAUACCAGUUCUGUUGCUUUGUGAUUCGGUGUUAGGUAGUGUGUAUUAUACAUAAACCAUUUUCCAGUUGAAGCCCUGAUUUCCAUUUAAAUUCCAUCUAGUAUUUCACAUCAAGGAUAAACAUUCACAGUCGAAUUAUGACUUAAUCCUUGUCAUCUGUUUGGUCUUUUUCAGUUAACUGCAUGGUCGAAAUUGUUUUUGUCCUUAAUAAAUGUAUAUAUCACACACA